UCUGGAGAGUUACACGAUGUCCUUCAACAUGUCUCUAAACACAACUGAGCCGCCACCACAUACCGAUGCCUCCAAACUUAACACUAAAAAUACAAGGAUAGCCCUCAGUCUCCUUUCUGUCCUGAUCAGUGUCAUUGGCUUGUUUGGAAAUGGGAUCAUCAUUAGCUACCUCUGCCGUCGCGCAAAUAGGAACAAGUCCACUGUCUACAUACUCAACCUGGCUGUGGCGGACUUCAUUUUUCUGGUUGGAUGCGGCUCGGUCGCUGUCUACCUUCUCUGCUUAUUGAACGGGGUGCAGACAGCAGACGAAGCUGACAAAGUCUUCUCUAUUUUGAUGGAUCUGGUGAAUAAUUUCGGAUUUAACGCAAGCCUCUUCCUGCUCGCCACUCUCAGCACCGAAAGAUGUCUUUCCGGUUACUACCCCAUCUGGUACAGGUGUCGGCGUCCCAGGCACCUGUCCGCUGUAGUGUGCGUGGUAAUGUGGACACUGUCUCUUCUCAUAACAGUACUGGAGAAAUUUGUGUUUGAGGACUAUCGAUCUACCAUCUACAUAAUCACGUCUGUGUUGUACGUUAUAGUGACCAUCAUAAUGAUCAUGACCAGUUCCGUCCUUCUGUGGGAGAUCUGCAGGUCUUCCUCAAUCAACAGACCUGUAAGACUCUACAUCGCUAUCAUAGCUGCUGUUAUCUUGUUCCUCGUCUCGCUAGUGCCAGCGAGACUAAUGAGGUUAUUGUUUUUCUUUGUAAUUAUCCCCACAGGACCCAUUAAGGUCCUCACCUACUUUGUGGUUUCUCUUUGCUCAGCUGUCAACUCAUGCUUCAACCCGUACAUCUACAUCUUGGUAGGGCGAUGGAGGAACAGAUCUAGCAUGAAACUGGCCUUGCAUGGAGUCUUCAAAGAGGAAAUUGAGAGGUCAAGUGAGCUAUGUUUAACCACUGGUUAA